CAACUCAUAUGUGUACAACAUUUGUGCAUUUUUGCUGCUGUGCUUUCGCACCGAUUAUAAACAGUUUUGUACAUUUAAUUACUUAAUUUAGUUCUGUGAGGUAUGGCUAACUACAACAAUCCAAAUCCAAAUGAUUACUCCUGGCAGGGUCAAAAUAACAGCCAGAAUUACUCUUUCAAUACCUCCAAUGCUUUUGGCGAUCAAGCUCAAACGUUGGACUUUCAGAGUUUUCCAACGGACCACCAGGAUUUCUCAUUUGACCAAGCAGGACAGAAUGCAUAUCCUCCAAACAACAACCAAUACUACAACCCAAAUAUGUUCCAACCUGCACCAAUACCCGGCGAGCCAGCAACGGAAACCACUGACUUUGAUGAGCCACCUCUGCUUGACGAGCUAGAAAUAUAUCCUGAUAGGAUAUUAGAGAAAACUCUGGCUGUCAUGAAUCCAUUCCAUGGACAAUCAAAAGCUGAUGAUGCCAAUUUCUUGUUAAGAGACACAGAUAUCGCUGGGCCAAUAACAUUUUGUUUAGCAUUGGCUGUGUGUCUAUUUGUAUCAGGGAAUAAAGCUCACUUUGGUUAUGUUUACGGUCUCUCUGUAAUGUCUGUUAUAUUGAUGUAUUCUUUGCUUUCAUUGAUGAGCCGUUCUGAGGGUGUGUUCACAUUACUAAGUGUUGCCAGUGUGCUGGGUUACUGUAUGUUACCUAUGGUUGUGCUGGCAGGGUUGGGUAUAUUCAUUUCCUUAGAGGGAACAAUAGGGCUUACCCUAUCAGCUGUGGCUGUAAUUUGGUCCGCCUUAUCUGCAAGCAGGUUGUUUGUGACCAUGUCUGGAGAUGCUGAGCAGAGGCCACUAAUAGCAUAUCCUUGUGCUUUAGUCAAUGGAGUAUUUGCUUUAUUAGUAUUGUUUUAAUAUACAACAUGAGUUUACUAGGUACUUCAUUUUUUUACUGACUUAAAAGAAAUAUGUUAUCUA